GCUUCCAACGCCAGCUGGUUCCUGGAGAAGAAGAACGUGAUGUCCAUGUGCAAGACCACGGUGGCCCCCUCCGCAGACGGCAGCCUGAACCUCACCUCCACCUUCCUCCGGAAGAACCAGUGUGAGACCCGGGCCAUGCAGCUGCAGCCCACCGAGCGCCCGGGCCGGUACAACUACCACAGUCCCCACUGGGGCAGCAUCCACUCCAUGUCCGUGGUGGAGACCAACUACGACGAGUAUGCCGUGCUGUACACCCAGGGCAUCCAGGGCCCCCACCAGGACUUCCGCAUGGCCAGCCUCUACAGCCGCACCAAGACCCUAAAGGACAAGCUGAAGGAGGACUUUGCUGCCUUUUGCAAGUCCCAGGGCUUCACAGAGGACAGCAUUGUCUUCCUGCCCGAGCCCGCAGAUAAGUGCAUCAAUGAGCCCGAGUAGAAGAGGGAAGUCCUGCACAGGGCCAGCUCCGCUAGGUGACCCGGUCAUCAGGACUCUGCCGCUCCGCCCCUCCCUCCAGACCCCAGGCCCCCGGUGCCUCCGCCCCUGCAGCUGUGACCCUGGCUCUGAGGAAUAAACUUUGAAGCAAGUCA